AUAAGUCUGCAGCUUUUUCUAGAACUGCUCCCUGCCAAACAAUUAGUGUGGCUGUGGGCGUUUACGUGGAGCACGUGAAGGCGUCACGUUUGGGUCCGUUUAGCUGUGUCCGCUGCUCCCUGACAGUUGAAGAGGACACACCGAGGCACGAAACAGCGAGAAAGACAAAAUGAAGGACGUCAAUAUUCUGCGGAUUCUCGUCAUAAUCCUGUGUGCGGUAGUUUUUGUUGCCGUUUUAGUCUUUAACGCUUUGGCCGGAGCGGGCAAAGGUCCCUUUCAUACUACUACAGGAAAUGUAUCAGCCCGCUAUGAGACAGGCAUCACUCCAGCUGGCUGGACCUUCUCCAUCUGGGGCGUUAUCUAUACCUGGCUCACCCUGAUGGUGAUUUAUAUCACUUCAUACACAUGCAGAGGAUCCUGGGCUCAGUGUCUGCUGCCCUACGGCUUCCAUAUUUGCUGGCUCUCCAACAUGGUGCUGAACAUUAUAUGGCUCCUACUGUGGGACGCAGAGAUGACGCUGGCGUCUUUGGUCGUUUUAAUCCUGAUAGCGGUUUCCGGCUACACCACUCUGUUCUUCUGUUGCUUUGCCACAGAUUACUACGGACUCUGGUUACAGACGUACCAUCGCAAAGACCUGACCUUUCUCAGAGUACUGGUCCAAAAUGGUUUGGCUGUCUACACUACAUGGACUUCUAUCGCCUCUCUGAUCAAUUUCUCUGUAGUUCUCCACCUGUGGGGUGUGGAUAAGAGCACGGCAGCAACUGCGUCACUGUGCAUCCUGUUUGCAGAGGUGGUGGCAUGGUUCAUUCUGGAGAACUGGGUGCUGGACCGCUGGGUGCGCAACAUCCUCACAAUCUACCCGGUGGUGAUCGUGGCUCUGGCCGGAAACGUCUACAAGCACUUCAACCCAGCUGAUCCCACUCCAAACGCCAUCUUUAUGGUUGUGCUGUUGGUCCUGGCGUGCAUCCUUUUCGUGUCCAGAUUCUUCACGGUGCUCUGGAGGAACAAGUGGCGCCCUCUGCACUCCCCGGGCUCAGCACGGCUGAUGGUGUCACCCCUCGACGGCAGGACGUUCAGGGUCCUUUCUUAAAUGAAACUCGUGCCUCCCCAGACCCACUGAGUUACAUGUUCACACCACCUCCACAGUCAUGUUUGAAGGUAGAUCUAAAUGUUAAACAGAGUUUAUCUGUCAGCAUGGGGAACAAAUGUAUUUCUUCAGUGGAAGAAAGAGUCUGCACGGGAAGGCAGGAAACCCACAAAUCUUUUCUAUCUGCUCUUCAGCUGUACUGAAGAAAAUAGAAAAUAGAAAUACCUUCUUUAAAAUACUUUAAAUUCUUUUAAAAACUACUACAACUAUUUAAUACACUGCUUAAUAUUAGCUUAAUGUACUUUAUUCAUGUAUUUCAGUGUUUCCCACUCACACACUUUAGUUUGCAGGUUUAUUAGUGGCUCCCGCAGUAUAUUUGGCAGCUCAUUUUUGAUUUCUGUUUUUUUUUUUUUUUUUAUCUGAGACACUGAGACAAGUUCACACUCCAUGAUUUCAUGAUCUCUGUGCUCUUACUUUGAAAGUUCGAUCACUGCUAAUUAGGGAUGGGUACCGGUAUCCGGUGCCAUGAUGGCACCGGUUCUGACAUAAAUGGUAGUAACCAGACCGAAAAGCAGCGCACAUUUCGGUGCUUUUUUUUUUCUUGAGAUGUCAUACACUUUGGAUUCUAGCCAAUCAUUUUACCUUUGCAAGGAUAGUAGGCGGGUCCAGGUACGUACGUUCUUUUAGAGCAGAGCUACAGAUUAAAAAUGCCCAAGGCGAAGCGGUCAAAAGUCUGGCUGUACUUCACAGCAAAAGAUGCAAACUCAGCAGCCUGCAACAAGUGCUUUAAGGUGAUACUGUGCAAAGGAGGUAACACCUCGAAUCUGAUGAGACACCUGGCGACGCAUAGUGUUUUUUUAAAAGCCAAGAAAUGCACCGUAUUUGAUAGCUUGCUGCGAGACCUCACACCAAGCACAUCUACUGCGGGUGUGGUGCCUGUUAUCGGACCCGGAGUUAGCAACAUCCCCCAAGAACCCGAAGAGGGGAGUCCUGGCCCCUAGCCCUGCCAGUGUAGCAGAAAUGAUGACGGAUGAUGAUGGCAGCAGCAGCCGUUCUUCUCUGCCUGAGUGUUGUUCGUGUGUAAUUUACGUUGAGUAGGCUAACCACGUUAUUAAAUUAAUGCACGUAAGGUGAACUAGCAAACACUGUCGUAGUUACAUGUGGCUGUCUUCUUGUUUGAUAGAGUGAUACCAUAUAUGCCCUAUAGCUGCAGAAAAGGCUAACAUUGUUGUCUUUUUACAAAAAAAACAGCUAAACAUGAGAGGUUUUAGGACAAAGUUUGUGUUUUCCAUUGUUUAAGCACCGGGUCCAACCAAAGGAGGUAUGUUGUAUCAACAGAAAAGGCUAACUUGGUUAUCAUUUUGCAGAAAAAAAGAGACUGCUAAAAAUAAAAACAUAAGAGGUUUUUGGACAAAGUGUUCUCCAUUCUUUAAGCACCGGUUUGAGCACCGUUUAAGCACCGGCACCGUUUCAAAAGUACCGGUUUGGCACCGGUAUCGGAUAAAACCUAAAUGAUACCCAUCCCUAUUGCUAAUCAGCUGGCUCGCUGCACAGUUUACUGUUAUGGUGAUGCUCAAUGUCGUUCAGCUGUUUUUCCUGACAGAUUCUGGUCCUGAAGUCAGGACGAGAAACUCCAACUCCAGCUUCUUGGACUGCAGAUAGUUGAUGUUAGCUGGGUAUCAUGAACCAUUUUUUUUUAAUCUUUUAAAAUAAAUAAAUAAAUAAGUAAGAUUGCAGACAUACCAGAGUGCCAAAACACCUGGCCAAAAAUACUAAAUGUGUGGGAAAAUCUUCAUUGCAUUAGAUUCAUGUUUUAUAUUCUAAGACUGUUUGUUAUUGCACUUGUAUUUGCUUUUGUACAUGUAUAUCCAUGCUGUGGCACUAAACCUCACUGUACAGUAUGAUGAUGUUUACAGUGGAACUUGACUAACUCUUACUGAAGCACUUACAGUUUUGUUGACCUUGAAAUAAAUAAAUGAAUGCAGUCUC